ACAGCAGCUAACAGGCAUUCCCCAACCCAUCGAUCCAUCACCUCCCACUUCCCAUCUUUCAAUCUUAGUCAAGAAGUCGAGCUAUCUUGAAACAAUGGCGGCUGCUGCUGUUAAGAAGCUGCAGGUUCUGGUGGCGUGUGCCUUGCUGCUGCUGCUCGCUGUGGGGUGCCGGGCCAGCCCUCUGCAGAUCGGGUUCUACCACGACAGGUGCCCCCAGGCGGAGGCCGUCGUCAAGGGCGUCAUGAUGGAGGCCAUCUCCCAGAACCCCGGCAAUGGCGCCGCCAUGAUCCGAAUGCUCUUCCACGACUGUUUCGUCGAGGGCUGUGACGCUUCGGUUCUCCUGGAUCCUACCCCGUUCAGCCCGACGCCGGAGAAGCUCAGCCCGCCAAACAACCCGUCGCUGCGCGGCUUUGAGCUGAUCGACGCCAUUAAAGAAGCCCUUGAGGUGGCCUGUCCGGGCACCGUGUCCUGCGCGGACAUCAUCGCCUUCGCGGCCCGCGAUGCGUCCUGCAUCCUCAACGCCGGCAAGGUACACUUCGAGGUGCCAUCGGGCCGCCGUGACGGCACCUUCUCCAACGCCUCCGAGCCCCUCAAGUUUCUCGCCCCGCCCACGUCCAACCUCAGCGACCUCGUCGAUAGCUUCGUCGUCAAGGGCCUGGACGCGGAGGACCUGGUCAUCCUGUCCGGAGCGCACACCAUCGGUCGCUCCCACUGCUCCUCCUUUGUGCCUGACCGCCUCAACGCCCCCUCCGACAUCAACGGCGGCCUCGCCGCGUUCCUGCGUGACCAAUGCCCCGCUGAUGCGGCCCCGGGCGGCAAUGACCCCACAGUGAUGCAGGACGUGGUGACCCCGAAUGACCUGGACAGGCAGUACUACAAGAACGUGCUGUCGCACACGGUGCUCUUCACCUCCGACGCGGCGCUCCUGACCUCCGAGGAGACGGCGAGGAUGGUGGUGGACAACGCCAACAUCCCCGGAUGGUGGGAGGACAGGUUCGAGAAGGCCAUGGUGAAGAUGGCCGGCAUCGAGGUCAAGACCGGUGACCAGGGACAGAUCAGGAAGAACUGCCGCGCAAUCAACUAGUACCAAUUAAGUGCGUGCAUGUACGUCUACGUGCAUGCAUGUCAAAGGAUCGUCCAGUGUUUUGCUUCAUCCUGCAUGCGAACUUUCUUUUUUUAGCACCUACAUUUCUUGUCUUUUCAUUUGUCAUUUCUUAGUUCUAUUUGCGCCAACGGAAUUAUUUGUGUAUAUGGAAUGUACAUGUGUAAAUGGGCUGCGGAAAACAAUGUUCUUUGUAUUUGGGAUAAUAAAAUUAAUAAGUUAU